AAAUGUAGCAACUGAGUUUUCUGAAAGUCAUGCUUCACUUCAGGAAAAUAUCAGACUGUGUUUGUCUUGGGUCUGUGUCAGCUUGAGAGUUUAAAUCAAGCUGAGAAUCUUGAAGAAGUAGGUCUUUAAGGAUUUGAAGGCGUGUAAUUUAGAGUGAGUGUAUCUGCUUUUAAAAAAGUCAAUAUCGUGUCUUUAUGUUGUGCUGUGGUUUUGUGUAUUCACUGUGAUGAUGGGAGUUAAUUCCAAGGCAGGCUGACAACCAACUGACCUGAUUCAGCUUUUGUUGAGGUUUCUGAAGCAUUGCACAAGAGGUUUGAAGGAAAAAGUUUGGGAGCAUGUGACAGUUAAUCUCUUUAGCAGUAAGAAUGAAGUUUAAGCAUACUGUUGGAAACACACUCAGGUCUGUGCUGCUCUUUGUUUUAAUUAACAAUCUCCUGCAUAGAUUGGGAGUGUAAACGUACUUGCACUUUAGUCCAAUUAAAUUGUGCUUGGAGGCUGUCAAUGGCGGGGGGGGGGGAACUCCCUCCUACUCCCCCCCCCUUUUUUUAAUUGUUCAGUGAGUCUGUUGAAUAGUGAAAGAAUUUCCCUGGCAGGGUUUCGUAGUGUUUCGUCGUCUUGAUGAAUUAUUGCAGCGGGUAGGCGACAGUCUCUUUUGUUCAAAAUGCAUUGGAAUGAUUCAUCCAAUUCCUCAGAGAGUGACAAUGAAGCUCAUUCAGCCUUUACGCAGACUGAGCACAACGUAGUUGCAGCUUACUUAAUCACAGCAGGAGUGGUAAGCAUUUUCAGUAAUAUUGUUGUUUUGGGCAUCUUUGUUAAAUACAAAGAGCUUCGGACAGCAACCAAUGCAAUAAUUAUCAACUUGGCUUUUACUGACAUUGGUGUUAGUGGCAUUGGUUACCCCAUGUCUGCUGCCUCAGACCUGCAUGGAAGCUGGAAAUUUGGAUAUACUGGAUGCCAGAUCUAUGCUGCAUUAAAUAUCUUUUUUGGGAUGGCGAGUAUUGGUUUGCUCACUGUUGUUGCAGUUGAUCGUUACUUGACAAUCUGCAGGCCUGAUAUAGGGAGAAGAAUGACUGCCCGUAGCUAUGCCACUCUAAUCCUUGCUGCUUGGAUAAAUGCAGUCUUCUGGGCUUCCAUGCCUACUGUAGGCUGGGCUAGCUAUGCCCCGGAUCCGACUGGAGCAACAUGCACAGUAAAUUGGAGGAAAAAUGAUGCGUCCUUUGUUUCCUACACAAUGAGUGUAAUUGCUGUUAAUUUUGUUGUACCCUUAACAGUCAUGUUUUACUGUUACUACAAUGUUUCCCGGGCAAUGAAACAAUAUGCCAGGAGUAACUGCUUGGAAAGCAUCAACAUAGACUGGUCUGACCAAGUAGAUGUGACAAAGAUGUCUGUUGUGAUGAUUGUAAUGUUCUUGGUGGCAUGGUCUCCAUAUUCUAUUGUGUGUCUGUGGUCUUCCUUUGGAAACCCAAAGAAAAUUUCUCCUGCAAUGGCCAUCAUAGCUCCUUUAUUUGCAAAAUCUUCCACAUUUUAUAAUCCCUGCAUUUACGUCAUUGCAAACAAAAAGUUUCGGAGGGCAAUCUUGGCAAUGGUGCGAUGUCAGACAAGACAAGAGAUAACCAUAAACAACGCCUUGCCCAUGAGUGUAUCACAAAGUGCACUGACGUCGUAGAACUCAUGUCAUUUGCAUGCAUGAGUUAAAUGGAAAGGAGUGAAAUCUCAGUUAAAGCUAAUUAAUCUUUUGAAAGAUUAAUCUUUUGGAAUAAUUAUCUGCCCCAGACAGCUGUUUCUGUUAAUCACAAUAAUCUGUUUAGAUAGGUUAAGAAGGCAAAACGACAAAACCCAUUAAGACUUUAGGUUUUGAGAAUGGGGUUUAUUGGCCCAAUAUGUCUGUCCCAAACAAAAAAGGGGUAGUGAUCACUGACUCUUACAGUGUGGACAACGUGACACAGGGCAAGGAGAACCUGAAUCCGGAAGUGCUUAAAUUCAGUAACAUGGAUUUUGCACCUCUAAUUCCUUUCAUGAAUUACUUUUUCUCAUCUUCCCUUGAAAGUUUUCCAGACUUAAAAUAUUCUGGAUUCUCCCUGUGUGAAUAUAUUUCUAUAGAAGGUGUCCAUGUUGGUAUGCUUUGCAGAGUUCUGUUUCUGUGAAUAUAUUAGCAAAAUAUCUAGCCAAACCCAAUAGCACCUGUUACCAGCUCUUAGGAAUUUUAAGGAGUUUUUGGAUAUUUUAACGUAUUUUUAAAGUUUUUUUGCUCACACAACCAAAUGAAUUUGUAGGAAAGACAGCUUU